AUGAUGUUGGAGACUAAGGUAGCUCCAUGUGAUAUACAAAAAAUUAAAGAUAAUUGGAUGGAGCUUUCCAUUGAAUUAAAUAAUUUGCCAGGAGCAAAAAAAGAUAUAAGGCAGUGGAAAGAUGCAUUAAAUGAAGUUAAAACCAGUGCCAGAAAAAAGGCAGGUUUACUUUAUAGAGAUCAGACUGGCACAGGUGGAGGACCUAAAGUUGCCAAAGAUUUGACAGAUUUAGAAGAGAGGUUACUAGGUCUUCUUUCAAAAACAGUGGUAACAGGAUUUCCAGCUGUGGAAGAAAUGGGAGUUUGUUCUGCAGAACCUCUUGAAAUUGAAAAUGUAAAUGAGGUUGAAAAUAUUGAAAUAGUAUUUGAGGACAUUGAAUCUGUUCCCUCUACUUCAACAGAUUAUACAGAAAUACCUGUUCCUUCUACUUCAAGAGGUUAUACCGGAACAAACAUAUUAAGACCAAUAGAGAAUGUAACUGCAAAUAAAAGGGCUGCAAGUGGUCAAAAAAAAUCAUCAAUUGAAACCAAAAUUCAAAAAAUGGCGAGCAAUCAUGAGGAGUGUCUGAAAAAUAUGGCAAAAUCUAAUUAUAAAUUAGCCGAAUCUAAUGAUAGAUUAGCUGCUGCUGUGGCAAAAUUAAACAAAACAAAAACAAAAAGUUCUGUAUUUUCGUUAACUUUUUAA